AUGUUUACGUUGACGGGGAGCAGACGCGUGGAGUGGGAGCUGGAAAGAGGCGUGGCUAUACUACCCGGUCGUACCGAUCGCCGCAGCGAGGUACAGCAGUCACACGCUUCACUCUCUCGGCAACCUUCGGCGCAGCGGAAUGUCUACGCGUUCACAGCUCCGUGCAGAGCUCUAUUCGGUUUACCUACUUUUUUCAGUGGUGGUGUUCACUAUAGGGUUCUCGAUUGUCUCUCAGUGGUGCUUUAG